UUCCCACUUGGUUUUCUCUCUUAGGUGUUCUUUGAAGUCACAUAACUUUAGCUCUGAAGAAUGUCCUGAGUAUCGGACAAACAAGGCAGAGUUUAGGACCCAGGGAUUAUUUUUGUGUGUAUGUUUUUUCUCCUCUUUGGCUUGCAGCCUGUGACAGCUGACCGAAAAUCAAUGAAGUGUACUUUAAGAAGCUUCACAGUGGUGCAAGAUAAGGCUCAAAAGCGAUUCUCCUUGUUCCCAGCCUAUUAGCCCUCCUGGUUUAGUAUUGUUUCGCUGUAACUGGGUUCUCAGAUGGAAAUGGUUUGCCUCUGAAGAUCAAGACAUCCAGCACGAGAUGUGGCUGCGAUAAUGGGGGUGCUAGAUGUUAUUACAGUCUCUCUCCUUCUUUGUGCUCGCAGUUCAGCUUUCACUGUAUUCAGCUCAUUUGCUGAGAAUGAAGAUGCACUUUUACGGCACUUAUUUCGCGGGUACCAGAAAUGGAUCAGACCAGUGAGACAUUCCAACGAUACUAUUAAGGUCUACUUUGGAUUGAAGAUAUCCCAGCUGGUAGAUGUGGAUGAAAAGAAUCAGCUGAUGACAACUAAUGUGUGGCUAAAACAGGAAUGGAUUGACAACAAAUUGUGCUGGAACCCUGAAGACUAUGGUGGGAUCACUGCCAUUCGGGUCCCAUCGGAAUCUCUCUGGCUUCCAGAUAUUGUUUUAUUUGAAAAUGCUGAUGGGCGCUUUGAAGGUUCACUGAUGACAAAAGCAAUUAUCAAAUACAACGGGAUAGUGGUCUGGACACCUCCAGCCAGUUACAAAAGUUCAUGCACUAUGGAUGUGACCUUCUUCCCAUUUGACAGACAGAACUGCUCAAUGAAAUUCGGAUCGUGGACUUAUGAUGGCAACAUGGUUGACUUAAUCCUAGUCGACGAAAACGUGGACAGGACAGAUUUCUUUGAUAAUGGAGAAUGGGAAAUCCUGAAUGCAAAGGGAAUGAAGGGAAACCGAAAAGACGGACUGUAUUCUUAUCCUUUCAUAACCUAUUCAUUUGUUCUCAGGCGCCUUCCACUCUUUUACACUCUAUUUUUAAUAGUCCCAUGCCUGGGGUUGUCAUUUUUAACAGUGCUGGUGUUUUACUUGCCUUCGGAUGAGGGAGAGAAACUUUCACUCUCAACCUCUGUUUUGGUCUCCCUCACUGUUUUCCUCUUAGUCAUUGAAGAAAUUAUCCCUUCGUCUUCCAAAGUCAUACCCUUGAUUGGCGAGUACUUGUUGUUCAUUAUGAUUUUUGUCACGCUGUCGAUCAUCGUGACGAUUUUUGUAAUUAACGUGCACCAUCGCUCUUCCUCAACCUACCAUCCGAUGGCUCCCUGGGUGAAAAGGCUUUUCUUGCAGAAACUCCCCAGGCUGCUCUGCAUGAAAGGGCACGUCGAUCGCUUUUCCUUCUCCGAUCCCGAAGGAACGCUGAAACAAAAGCUGGCGAGAAAACAUAAACAUAAACAUUUCAAAGACGGAGAAAAAGUCGUGAUUGCAUUCUUGGAAAAGGCUGCAGAUUCCAUCAAGUAUAUCUCCAGGCAUGUUAAAAAAGAACACUUCAUCAGGCAGGUCGUACAAGACUGGAAGUUUGUUGCUCAGGUUCUGGAUCGCAUCUUCCUGUGGCUAUUUUUGGUGGUUUCUGUGAUGGGCUCUGUUCUCAUAUUUACUCCUGCAUUGAAGAUGUGGUUGCACAGUGGUUUGUAGAUCACGUUGUCUUCUUAUGUGCAAAUCUGCUUAAAGGAAGGAUGGAAGCAGAGUGCCAAAGCUGAUCUUUCACUAAUGUCCAAAUACCUACUGAGAAGACUCAAAAUGUCACUGCCAUUUGUAGGAAAUCAGUGUUUACCCUGAUAAAGUUUUAAGGCUGAAUCUUGUGCCUGUUGUCCUGAGAGUAAGUCCCAUUCAACUUACUAGGGAAUUAAGUAUACUUAGAUGUGUACAGGAUUGCACCAGUAAUCUUUUGAAUGGUUGCACACAUGAAGGGUUCAAUGUCCAUGUUUGUUAGUUUUGUAGGUAUUUAUAGGCUACCUAAGAUGCACCAGAAGAAAUAUACCUAUAUAUGGUAUAUAUAAACCUAUAUAUCAUAAGCACAUAAACUAGAAAUAUCUCAGCUAAAAAUGAUAUUGGUUUUAUGCCAAUUUAUACCAUGGGUGUGGAAGAACCUGUGGACCUCCAGAUGAUUUUGGAAUCCAGUUCUCAGUCCCAGCUGGUCUGCCCAGCAUGAGUUGCAGUCCAACAAUAUUUAGAGGGUUGCCCUUUUCUCACCAGUCAUUUCAAUAGCCCUGGCUUUCCUCCAAAGAAUUAGUAAAACCUGUGAAAUUUCCUGGGGAUUCCUUGGGAAAAAAUAACUUGUACUUCGUUUCCAUACAACUAUUGCUGAAAAAACCCCUCAGAAAACCCAAGAAAAUUCAACUGUCUAGAGUUUGUCUGUGGUGGGUAGAUACAUACUACUUUUAAAGUUUUAUUUUUGUCUCAGUUUGCACAAAAUUAUCUAUUUAGCAAUAACCCACUGGUACUGGGAAAUUUUUCUAAGAUAAUUGGCCAAAAACAUUAAUCGAUAAAGAUGUACAUCAAAUUUUAUUAAGUAAUAAUUAAUAUUCGCACAGAUAUAAAUAUUCCAUUUAAUGAAAAUGAUCUACUGAAGGUUGAUAUCCUUAUGUAUUUAUUUCACUAUUUUUUUAAAAAAAGAAUGUUUAAUAUAUGUAAAGUCAUAGGGCAUGUGCAUAACUUUAAGUAUAAUAAGCACAGAUACUUUAUAUUUUAAUAUAAUGAUAGUUGAAUAUAUAUAGAGGGGGGGAGGGAGAUAGAGAGAUAAAUAUAUUUAUUGCGCACAGUGCACAUUUACUUGUCCAUUAUAGGUGAAAUCUCAUAUUUGUUUUCAUUUAUGAAAGCUUUUCUCAUUUUCCUCUUUUGUUUGGCAAAGCCACUCCCACUCAGCUCUCGGGAAGCUUUUGGAGUGUUCGCAAAGUUUUGUGUGUUACUGAAGGAUUCUGAUUUAAAUUCACUAUCUUGGAGUCCUUAACUCUUGUGUAUUCCCUACCAGUAAAUUUAACUGAGAAAUGUCGAUUGAACUCACAUUUAUACAAAUGGAAACCCAAGCAAACUGCAGG